GUUGUUUUUUCUCUCUUGUGAAACGUUGCAUUCUCUUACUAUCUCUGUGUUGAUCAUUUGUUCGUUUGUUAUUUUUUGAGGCAAUCUGUCAAAUAAUUGCACGGUUUAUUUAUUUUUUUUUUUUUCUAUAAUUAAUACAGCUCUCGUCGGGCAUUAAAAAGGAGCAAAAAAAGGCGAGCCUUUUUUCGAAAACACAUCUUGCUGUGGUUAUUAAUAAAAAUAAAAACAUUAGAAAUCAGCGUCUUUGACACGUCGAUACGGUGACUUGACGGUGAUUGUCGUAGAUCAAAAGAAGAAAAAAAAAAAGAAAAAAAUAGCUGAAGUUCUAGAAAUGGAAGUCAAUUUGCAAGAACUACCAUCAGGUAAUGAUAAUGCCAUCAAGAAAAUCAACUCAAUUGUCUCAAAGGUGAACUCGACGACCAACUGCGAAAUAUCGAGUGAAAAUGUAAAUACAACGAAGAUACUUAAGCGUUGCUUAAGUGUUCCUAUAAUACCGCCUACAAGGUUGACGCUGAAAUCAUCAAGUAUAACCACGCGAUCAGCUGCGGCCGCUGCUGCUCAAGCUGCUGGCAAUUUUGGUGGAUGUACAACUAACGAACAGGAUUUACCAAAGAAAACGCAAACAGUUCUCACAGACAAUUCCAACGGAGCAAAUUCUAUGCUUACUGGUUGCAUUUUGGGUAACAAUACAAGUGCUCUAAACAUUGGUAUACCGCGUUCAAAUCCAUCGUCUAGAGAGGUUUCGCCAGCUCCAGUUUUCAAUAUAUUUGCUCCGCGAGCUCGACGCUAUUCGGCCAGUUAUAGUCCAGUGGGCGGAGUUAACUGCGCUACCACUCCGGGCAGUUCGCGUUGCGUCACGCCGCGUGUGUCGCAAUUACGACAGGAAGAAUGUAUAGAUAUGAAUUCACGGGAAAUUAAUCAUGAGCGCGAAGUGCAUAGCGUCAUGCAAAUGUCUCAGAGUUGGGAAGAUUUGACAUUAGUAGCCGAAAAUUGGUCUUGCAAAUCAGAUGAUUUAAGCAAUCCUCUACAAGUCGUAUUGCCAUCAGCAGCUAAUAGCUGUUCCAGUCCUAGUCCGACUAGCAAUCGUGCUGGUAUGAGGCUUCCUUAUGGCUUAUCUCCCUCACCAACACGCCGUACGUUUGCCACAAGACGUUCAAUGUCACCGAUUGCUAUGCGACCCUCUCAACUCGGGCCGGUUAAAAGAAAGUUCGAAUUAGAUGAUAAUAGUGCAAACAACUGGAACAUUUACUCACAACCACCCAUGAAGAAAAUUUUCACGGAGAGUCGAGGUUCUUCGCCUAGUUGCCAAUCGCCGUCAUCAGUAUGCCCGAGUCCCGAUUCGGGCACCUAUGAUGGUCGUAUAACACCAAAAUUAUUCAUAUCUAAGCUUUGCACCAGCCACACAAAUACGACAAACUCCACUUGUUCUUCGCCUAUGUCAGCUUCGCCAAAUAGCACACCCAGCGCUGCCAUAGACGCCACAACAAUGCAAGCCAGUCUUUGCUCCUCAAUGCAACUGCAAACGCAAACAAGCAGAACCUAUGGAGAACCUAUGUGCAUUGCGAACAGUAUUGACGAAGGAAUAUCGGUGUCAGAAAGUGAGACUGAAAAGGUACGAUCUGCCAACGACAUCCAAGAUGAUGCCACUUUGAUGGACGAUAUGAAAAGUGAAACAUCUUCGAUUGGUGGCUGUUCAAGUAUGAGUAUAGAGUCUUCAUCAUGUGAUAGUGCCACGAAACCAAGUUUUCUAAAUAAAUUAGUUGCGGAGGAGUGUGCCGCCAGUCUUGGCAUGGGACAAAAACACUUUUUCAUCAAUAAGCAAGGUCUAAGUGGUGCCAAAAAAUUCAUAGUCAAUCAUGAUAGCAUGGUCGGUGUAAAUGGCAACAGCAGCAGCAGUAGUAGUAGUAGUAGUAGUAGUAGUAGUAGCAGUAGCAGUAGCAGUAAUAGCAGCAGUGGAGGCGGUAGUUGUGGGGGUGGCGGCGGUGAACAACAACACGAUAACAAUUCGAUUUCAAAUGUGAGUCGUGAACCUUUAGUGUUGGAAAAUAAAAUUUAAAAUUCUAAAUAAAAGUUAUAUAUUAUAACUGAAAGGUCCGAUUUAAACUUGAAAUAACUUCUUGGAAUUUAAAUAAUUAAGCGAUGGCCUAUGUAAUCUAUAAAUAUGCGCAAAUUAUUAUUCCGAGAAAAAGAAAAAAA